GAAAUCAAAAAGUGCAUGUACAAGCAGAACUUCACCGAGCGGGGGUUCAGGAUGUCCCGUUGAGGAAAAAUAAAGCAGAAGAGGUUUGGGUUGAGACUGCAACCCAGAACGCACGACAUUUUCACUCCGACAGUUUACCCAGCGGCUCCUAUCCUGGAAAAUAUGGGGGGCCAAACGAUGUUUAGUUCUCGACACAUUGUACUUAAAUUGUUUGUGAUACAGUUUUUAGUUUUUCAGAAAACGUAUGCUGCCCCAUCACCUAUUAUAAAGUUUCCUGGUGACGACACAACUCCUAAAACAGACAAAGAAGUUGCACUGCACUAUCUGAACAAGUUCUAUGGCUGCCCACAAGACAGAUGUAACCUCAUGGUGCUCAAGGACAGUUUGAAAAAAAUGCAGAAAUUCUUUUCCCUGCAAGAGACAGGCGAAAUCGAUCCCAAGACUGUGGAGAUCAUGAAGAAGCCCCGCUGCGGUGUGCCAGAUGUAGCCAAUUACAACUUCUUCCACAGGAAACCCAUGUGGCAGAAAAACGCCAUCACCUACAGGAUUCUUGGACACACACCGGAUCUGGAUGAAGAGACUGUAGACGAUGCUUUCUUCAGAGCCUUCAAAGUGUGGAGUGAUGUCACCCCACUCAAGUUCACCCGCAUCAUGGAUGGAGAGGCUGACAUCAUGAUCAAUUUUGGCCGCAAUGAGCACGGUGAUGGCUAUCCCUUUGAUGGUAAGGACGGCCUCCUGGCUCAUGCCUUCGCACCAGGACCAGGCAUCGGAGGAGACUCUCACUUUGAUGACGAUGAGCAAUGGACCCUGGGAGAUGGCCAAGUGGUGAAGGUGAAGUUUGGGAAUGCCGACGGAGAGUUCUGUAAAUUCCCCUUCCUCUUUAUGGGGACGGAGUACAACAGCUGUACCCCUCAAGGUCGUGACGACGGCUUCCUGUGGUGCUCCACCACAUACAACUUUGACGACGACGGCAAAUAUGGUUUCUGCCCCCACGAGUUGCUGUUCACCCUGGGUGGAAAUGCCGACGGAGCUCCUUGUAAGUUCCCCUUCACGUUCCAAGGGACUAAGUACGAAGGCUGCACCACAGAGGGUCGUGACGACGGUUACCGUUGGUGUGCCACUACCGAGGACUAUGACAGGGACACAACCUACGGUUUUUGCCCUGAAACUGCCAUGUCUACCGUGGGAGGGAACUCGGAAGGUAGUCCUUGUGUCUUCCCCUUUACCUUCUUGGGAGACACGUAUGAAGCUUGCACUGCUUCCGGCCGUAGUGACGGCAAGAUGUGGUGUGCCUCCACCAAGAGCUAUGACGACGAUCGCAAGUGGGGCUUCUGUCCUGACCAAGGCUACAGUCUCUUCCUGGUUGCGGCCCAUGAGUUUGGACAUGCUCUGGGCUUGGAGCACUCCCAGGACACUGGGGCUCUGAUGGCCCCCAUCUACACCUACACCAAGGACUUCAGGCUGUCCGAUGAUGACGUCAAAGGCAUCCAGGAGCUUUAUGGUAUUGAUACAGACAAGCCCAUACCCCCUACUAAGGGGCCGGUUACACCCAUGGAUAUCUGUAAAGAGCCUAGAGUCUUUGAUGCCGUAGCCCAGAUCAGAGGAGAGACCUUCUUCUUCAAGGACAGGUUCCUGUUCAGGUCAGUCAACUUCAGGGGCAAGCCCACCGGCCCUAUGUUGGUGGCUACCUACUGGCCUGAUCUGCCUGGCAAGAUUGAUGCUGCUUAUGAGAACCCACUGGAGGAGAAGACUGUGUUCUUCGCAGGCAAUGAGAUGUGGAUCUUUAAGGCUGACCAAGUGGAGAAAGGAUAUCCCCAGAGGAUCUCCCACCUGGGCCUGCCAAGUGACCUGGAGCGUAUCGACGCAGCCUUGUCCUUCAGAAAGAACAAGAAGACCUACCUCUUCUCCGGGGACAAGUUCUGGAGGUACAAUGAGGAGAAGAAGAAAAUGGACCCUGGCUUCCCCAAGCUUAUCGCUGACUCCUGGAAUGGCAUCCCAGACAACAUAGACUCUGCCUUCAGUCUGAAUGGUAUAGAUUACAGCUAUUUCUUCAAAGGCUCCCACUACUUUAAAUUGGAUGACAACAACCUGAAGAUUGUCAAACUGGGUGAAAUUACAAAGGAUUGGCUGGGUUGUUAAGCAACAGUGAGACAUCCAUCGUACUGUCGGCCAUCCCUGUGAAGAGUCCUGGCCUCAGGAGGAACCUGCCAUGUCACAGCACACAGCCGAGGUCUCCACAGUACAAGUUGUAGUGGUCUUCCAGCUCCGACAAUCUCUCACUGGACUGAUCUCCACCCAGCCAAUAUAACCAGCCCCUAGUUUGGUAGAGGCACUGUGGUGACUUCUGCAUAGGCCGAACAUAGGCCACUGGAUUGUGUAUUAUAUUACUGUGUGAUAUUAUCAGUUUAUUUGUUAUGCUGAUGCAGAUUUACUCAAAUUUUGACCCCGUUUUUUUUUUAUUAGAACUUCAGACAUCAGGUAUGUCCACACUGCACAGGAGUAGACAGUGUUGUACUGGAAGAUAUUUUCUUAAAUACUAAUUUGAUUCAGAAGGGCUUUUAUACAGAAUUCAUGGUGGCCUACAUCUACUGUUGUGUCAAAAAUGUACAGAGUACAUAUCGACAACAGCCAACAUUGUAUUGCCGUGGAAUGCUUUUGAACAGAAAGAUUUGCACAAUAUCUCUGGACAAAUGAUGGUGCUUAUAGAAAUUGCUUAUUUGCAUGAUCCUAUAUGUUAAACAUUUAUGUCUGUUCAGAAAACUUUGUUUUGGACAUCAAAAUUAAGGUUUUUAUAGGCGUACAUUAUUCUUCAUAGGUUUAGCCAUUUGUAUAGUAAUAUACAGGGGAACUGCAGAAAAUGUCAAGGCACCUCCAUUUUGUUUUUGUCUUUAGUUUUACUGAUGGUACAGAAAGAUGAAAGGCACAGGUUGCCUCAAGGCUGUAUUUGGUUUGUUGCAUGAUGGAGUCAUGACAAAAAAAGUACCACAACUGUUUGAUAAUCUUUUGUACUAAAGUUGCUCAUUUUCUUCUGA